CUCUGGAAGAGCUGCAGAGAUCCAUGGCUCAGAUGGGAGAAUUGGCUUACUGGAUAACUAUUAGAUGUACAUUACACAAAUCUGGCCUUUAUGGAAGUGUGGCAAGCAAAAAGCCAUUGUUGAAAGAAAAACCAUUAGUCCUGCUUGAAAGUGUGCUGUAAGCCAUGUAGAGGAUACAGCAAACCUGUCGAAAAGGUACUUUGAUGAGAUGAAGCCACUAAAACACACCACCCCCUUUGUGAAACAUGGUGGUAGCAGAAUCAUGCUGUGGGCUUGCUUCAGCAGGGACAGGGAACAGGGUCAGAAUUAAUGGGAAGAUGCAUGGAGCUGAGGACAGGACAAUCCUGGAAGAAAUUUGUUAGGGGCUUCAAAAGACUUGAGAUUGGAAGUAUGAUCAUUUAGUCCCAUGGUUCAAGGAUCAGUCCUUGAAAUUUCUGUUUACAGACACUCACCUUCCAAUGUUACUUGCAGCUGUAAUCACAGGUUUAAAUUUCUGGAAAAUAAAUUUACAUACUAUUUGCUAUGCCUUUAAGAAAUAACAUAAAAUGCCAACACACUUGAAGUGCAGUUUGUGGUUAACACAAGAAAAUGUGUAAAACCUCAAGGGCUGUGAAUAGUUUUACAGUUGCCAGCAGCCAUGCAGCUCACAGUGCAUGUCAACAGUUUCCCUCUCCUGCUCGACGCCUGCAAGUGACACAACGGCUAUCUAUAGCCUCAAUCUAUUUUCAGAUCAGGCAGACAGAACACAUUUUAGCUCGUACUCAUGUAGUCUUAAAUGGAAAUGGCUAAUCUACAUUCAGGUCACAUACCAAAUAAUUACUUGGGGCCUGCUUUAGAUAGGUGAGGUCUUGGUUGGAACAAUCAUGGAAGCGCCUCAGAGGAUGGGAAUCUGCCAGGACAUUAAUGCCGAGAAUGUGACCGUUGAUCUGGAGGAAACAGAGGCAGACUGGGUGAGAGUAAGAGUGGAAGAAAGCUGGUUCUCCAUUAAGCGUGGUUUUCUUGUAAGGCACAGUGACUAUUUUCGAGCUCUCUUUCACUCUGGGAUGAAAGAAAGCCAGAAAGAGGAGUUGUACCUGAGAGGAGGAGUGCACGCAAGAGGUUUCCUUAUCGCUCUUGCUGUAUGCAGGGAAGAGAACCCCACCAUCGGGGACCCAGAUGAGCUUAUUGAAACUGUAGAGUGUGCCGCUUUCCUGCAGAUCCCCAAAUUGAUUCGGCAUCUUUGUGACAUCAUAGACUCUGACAACUGCCUCUUGCUUUACCAUGCAGCUUCCAUCUACGGAGUGCACAAACUGUUUCAGAGUGCCGCUCUCUUUCUUUGUGAUGCCUUCGAUGUUCUCAGGGAAGCAGCAGAAAGCACAAUCCCUGAAGAGCUGCUCGAGUAUACUCGAACGCUCUCCGCUGCUAGUUAUAUCGCAAUAGGAACCCAUACUCCAUCAAUGGAACUGCUACAGGACUCUUUCAGGGUUGUUUGCUUCCUUGACGAAAAGGAAGGGGAGUGGAGGCAUUUGACAAACCUCCCAACUCUUUGUAGUACCUCCAUGGCUGGUGUAACAGUGCUUGACAAUCGGCUGUACAUUGUUGGAGGAAUUUACGGUUACGGUAAGGAUACAGUGGAUGGCAGCUUCUGCUACAACCCCAAUUCAGGCACAUGGACAACUCUACCAGGUCCACAGCAACCACGAUACGACUUUACCCUGCUUGGGCAUGAGGGGAAGCUAUAUGCCAUCGGUGGAGAAGCUCAAAAAAGAAUAAUUUCCACCGCAGAGAUGUACGACACUGCAAAGGGAGAGUGGACCUUUAUACAACAUGCGCCCAGACCUGUAGCGUCUGCAGCUUGUGCCGUUGCUCGUCAGCGAAUGUUUGUUUGCUUUUGGAAAUCCCCUGACACUACAGACAUCUAUGAGUAUAUGCCACAGAAAGAUGAGUGGAAUCUCACCACCACCAUGAUCAGACCUCAAAGCUAUGGCCACUGUAUGGUGGCCCACAAGGACAAUUUAUAUGUGAUGAGAAACGGGCCUUGCGAUGAUUUUCUGCGUUGCCUGAUGGACUGUUACAACAUCACAACUGGCCAGUGGACAGCCAUGCCUGGACAUUACAUAAACAGCAAGGGGGCGCUGUUCACUGCAAUGAUAAGGGGGGACUCUGUGUUUACGGUGAAACACAUGUUGACUCUUGAAUACACCAUCGCAGUAGAUGGAUGGAAACCCCGCAGACAGAUGAAGGGAUUCCCAAAGAGUGGCUCAUUGUGGACUUGUCUACUCAGGCUCCCCAAGACUGGACCAGUUACACCAAAACUGGAUGUGGAUGAGAGACAAAGAGAAAUUGCUUUUCCAGACAUGUCAGAGAGAUUUGCGGACGCUAUACAGCAGAUGUGAAGAUACUCCAAAAAUAGAUUGACUCAGACGGCCUUUUGCAUCCUAGGACCCUGGGAAACGGAGUCAGCUGACAGGACAGGGAGGUCUGCAGCCGGGCCAUUUUCUCUGAGCCUGAUGCCCCACAACACAAACAGUUCACCUCUGCAGGGAGGCCUAAAAGAACCUGAGAGACCUUCAGAGACCUGGACUACUGCAGGGAUUUUUAACUGCUGCAUGAAAUCCAUAGUAAAACUCAGCAAGUGAUAAUUAAAUACUAGAUUCCUGGUAACGAUGACUUAAAUCAUACGCUUAGUGGUUUAACUACUGUCCACGAUGUCAAAGCCGAAUUUCUCUUCCACAUUGGUGUGGUUAGACUUCCUGAUUUGCUUUUUUACGCAUAACCACAUUUUUAUUUACUUUUGUCACACAUGUUCACGUCUACCGGCAGGAUGAGAUUACAGAUUUUUAAAGUAUAUUUAAUUUUGUCUAAAUACAAGAUUAAUUUUAAACUAUUCAGCAUUCAAGGGUUUCAUCUUUAGGUAACUCUACUAAAGCUUUAAAUCAGAAUUAAUUCUACAUGGAAAUAUUUACACAUUUCACCCGAUUGUAUAUUAAAAGGUUCCUGCAA